AGGGUGGUAUCUGAUUACCUUCUAUUAACAGCAAUGCUGUUUUUCCGGCCUUGGACUACAUUUCCCUUAAGGCUUUGCUGGUCGACACUCCGUCUCUGUCUCUCUGAGGCGAACUUGGCUCUUCCUGUGAUUAUGGCGCCCUCGAAAUGAGUAGCCCUGCCUUGGAGGAAGAUCAGCUCAAGCUUGGUUAGAGGUUUCGAGUGGGCACUCCCUCUUUGAAGUCUCCCGAGAGCAGUGUCAAACGAGCCAAGCUCAAAUUCCGAGGUCCGAGGACGCCAUCUUAUCUAGCUGGUCGGAAUCUGGACUACGUUUCCCAGAGUCCACAGCGGCCCGACGUUACGUCUCUCAAAGUGGUGGCGAGAUCGUUAGCUCCGCAAGAACCCGGACGCCUCUGAGCGGAGGCCGGAGAGAUGAAGUUUAAGCAGAAACCUUCAUGAAGGGGGAAAGCAAGCUCUUUGACUACCUAGUGGAGGAACAGUCCAGAAAGAACACAAAAGCCUCUAAAGGGAACAUGCCUAGUAUCUUAUGACCCUGUACCUGUCCAAGAGAAGAACCUAGAGAAAUCUGAGCAGGUCAGGUAGUUCUAAAAAGCCAUGGCCCAGGGAUUGGUGACAUUCAGGGAUGUGGCAAUAGAGUUCUCUCAAGAAGAAUGGAAGUGUCUGGAACCUGCCCAGAGGGAUUUGUACAGGGAUGUGACUUUGGAGAACUUCAGUAACUUGGUCUCAAUAGGACUUUCUUUUUCUAAGCCUGAUGUCAUCUCCUUAUUGGAGCAAGGGAAAGAACCCUGGAUGAUUGCAAAUGAUAUAACAGGACCAUGGUGCCCAGGCUUGGAGUCCAGGUGUGAGAAAUUUCCACAAAAAGAUAUUUUUGAAGUAAAGACAUUCAAUUGGGAGCUAAUGGAAAGCCUAAAAUGCUGUGGUUUUGAGGACUCUAGUUUUAAAGAAGACUGGGAAUACAAACGCCAACUUGAAAGACAACAAGUAAACAAAGAAUGUUAUCUCAAGCAAGUGAGAAUCACAUAUGAAAAUAUACCCACAUUUGAGCAUCAUACAUCCCUCACUCUACAUCAGAGCAAUGAGAUUGGCAAGAAGUUAAUUGAAUGUAAAGAAUGUGGGAAAGUAUUUAGCCGUGGCUCACACCUUAUUCAACAUCAGAAAACUCAUACCGGUGAAAAACCCUUUGAAUGUAAGGAAUGUGGGAAGGCCUUUAGUCGAGCCUCACACCUUAUUCAACAUCAGAGAAUUCAUACAGGUGAGAAACCUUAUGACUGCAAGGAAUGUGGGAAGGCCUUUGGUCGUACUUCAGAACUUACUCUCCAUCAGAGACUUCAUACUGGUGUCAAACCCUAUGAAUGUAAACAAUGUGGAAAGACCUUUAGACAGCAUUCACAACUCAUUCUGCAUCAAAGAACUCAUACAGGUGAGAAACCUUAUGUAUGUAAAGAUUGUGGGAAGGCUUUUAUUCGUGGCUCACAACUUACUGUUCAUCGGAGAAUUCACACAGGUGCUAGACCCUAUCAGUGUAAAGAAUGUGGAAAGGCCUUUAGACAACAUUCACAACUUACUGUGCAUCAGAGAAUUCAUACUGGUGAGAAACCCUAUGAGUGUAAAGAAUGUGGAAAGGGUUUUAUUCAUAGCUCAGAAGUUACUCGACAUCAAAGAAUUCAUUCUGGGGAGAAACCUUAUGAAUGUAAAGAAUGUGGAAAGGCUUUUAGACAGCAUGCACAGCUUACUCGACAUCAGAGAGUUCAUACAGGUGACAGACCCUAUGAAUGUAAGGACUGUGGGAAGGCCUUUAGUCGUAGUUCAUACCUUAUUCAACAUCAAAGAAUUCAUACAGGUGACAAACCCUAUGAAUGUAAGGAAUGUGGGAAAGCCUUUAUUCGUGUUUCACAACUCACUCAUCAUCAGCGAAUUCAUACUUGUGAGAAACCAUAUAAAUGUAGGGAAUGUGGAAUGGCCUUUAUUCGUAGUUCACAACUUACUGAACAUCAGAGAAUUCACCCUGGUAUCAAACCUUAUGAAUGUAGAGAAUGUGGGCAGGCCUUUAUUCUUGGUGCACAGCUCAUUGAACACUACAGAAUCCAUACUGGUUAGAAAGCCUUGAAUAUUAGGGAUAUAGGAAAACCCUUAUAUGAAUUUUAUACCUGACUUUAUAUUAGAUAAUGCCUAAUGCAGUAUAAAAUCAGAAAACCUUCAUUUGUCAUUUCCAUUGUGGAACAUCAGACUACUCAUACCAGAAGAAAAUUUAAUAAAUGUGGGAA